CAGAAUCGCACCCCCUGCGACCACCGUACCGGGUACACAGGUCACCAGAAUCGCACCCCCCUGCGGCCACCGUACCGGGUACACAGGUCACCAGAAUCGCACCCCCCUGCGGCCACCGUACCGGGUACACUGGUCACCAUAGUAACGAAACGCGCAGAGUUGCUCGGUUGAUGAGACACACACACAGGUCGCUAGAUAACGUUACAUCGUAGCGAGUUAUUAUUUCUCUAAAUAUAUACAAUUUCUCAUUCCGUCCGUGACACGGGUUGUUGUUUGGUCAGCCAUGAAUGCAGAGAUAGUUUCCUCACUUCUAACUCAAGAGGUGCCAGCGGGGACCACUUCCGCCGCAGCAGUUCCAGUGGAUCACCUAGACUACGGCUACAUUGGCAAAUGCACUGAUGUGAAAUACUUGGGCAAGAUGCUGAGCGUGCUAAGGUCUGGAGAUGAGGGUAUCUAUCCCCAUCUGAUACAGUUCUGUGAGAGUCGUCUGGAGAGGCUGGACCCUAAAAGUCGUGCCCUCAGAAAGGACAACCCCCCAGCCACCGCCGCCUGCUUCUCUGGAGAUGAAUGGGGUCAGAUCACGGACGAACUCAAGAAGUGGGAGACAGAUGCCAAAAUGAGUGAAACUGCGCUGAAACAACAAUCUAUAUUCCAUGAUCUUGAAACUGAGAAUCUACCCCCAGUACGUGGAUCAAGUUGCUCUAUUCCUCUCAAGCAGAAUACAGUUUCAAAUGGACAGACGAAAACUGCACAGAAGAAGGUUCUGCCUCGUAAUUAUAUAGAAUGGGACCAGUGAGUUUCUAGAAGG